AUGGGUGGCGGCGAUUUGAACAUGAAGAAGUCCUGGCAUCCGCUGCUCCUGAAGAAUCAGGAGCAGGUGUGGCUUAAGGAAAAGCAAGCGCUUGAGGAGAAGAAGAAGCUGGAUCAGCUUCGUAAGGAGAAGGAGGAAGAGCGACAACUCCAGGAACUUCAACGGCUGCAGGAGGAGCAAACUGGUAAAAAGCGGACGGAGCGGCUGGAUUGGAUGUAUACAACGCCUGCGACUGGGAGUACACAGAAUCCUAACGACCUAGAGGACUAUCUGCUGGGAAAGAAACGAGUCGACAAGAUGUUGACUGCUGAUGAUAAUGCCAAGAUUGGUGCUUCACAUAAGAACUUCAUUGCCAGCCAGAAUGCCAACAACAUUCGAGACAUUGCGGCUAAAGUCCGAGAAGAUCCACUGCUUGCUAUCAAGCGACAAGAGCAAGAAUCGUACAAGGCUCUCAUGUCCAACCCCCUUCGCCUCCGUGCGAUGCAGGAGCGAAACGGUAUCAAACCGAAGAAGGACAAGAAGAGGAGCAAGGAAGAGAGACGGAAAGAGAAGGAAGAACGUAGGCGGUUAAGGCAUGAACGACACCGAUCUUCGAGGUCCGCGAGCCCCCGACGACGUUCAUCGUCCCGCGAUUCGUACUCCCGUUCACGUCGCUCUCCUUCACCUCGACAUUCCAGCUCACGGUACGCAGAGCGAAGUCCUCGACGUGGACGCUCUCGCAGCCGCUCACCGUAUCGCAGAGACCGUAGCCCUGGACCUCCAAAGCGGGAUUUCCAACCCUAUCCUAGGUCCGACGAAUCCGACGAUAUUGAACUCGAUCGUCAUCGAAAUAGAAGUCCUAGACAACGUCGUCAAAGCAGUCCUGGAUAUGCCAAACGCCCGCGCAGCCCUAGUCCCAUUGCUCGCAGGCGUAGCCGUAGUCCUUAUGGAAAGCGAGCCCGUAUGAGCCCUCCUUCCCGACCACCACCCGCGAACAAUGCCGAACCAGACCGUGCCGCCCGAUUAGCUGCUAUGUCUUCGAACGCACAAUCAAUGAGUGUGGACCGACAGAAGCGACUUACCGAGCUCUUGGAGAAGGAAAAGGCUGAAUUGGAGGCUGAGAAUGCAGCCCGCGCGAGAUCGAAGGGUAUGGGCAAUUUCCUUGCCCAUGAGCAGAAGAAAGUAUUUGGUGGUUCAGGCGAUCUGGGUGAUAGGAUACGCAGGGGACGAGCUGGCCUUGUUGCUGAGGCUGACUAG